UACGCGUGCCUUCUCGCCCCCAGCACACCGCAUAUAAAUUCCCCUCUUUGUCCAUUCCCCUCACCCAUCAGACGCAAAGGCAUCGCCGCAUACCCUCUUUUUUUCUCUCUCUAGGUUCUUCUUUCAUCUCUCUUCGUUUCCCAUCCAGGAGAACAAGGAAAUUGUCAGUUCAGUCUGCUGUAUCUGCAAUUUGUCAAAGUGGAGCGUGUGACGUCUAGAACUUAUUUUAUGUCUGAACGGGCCACUCUUUUUUUAUCGUCAAUUGGAUUACUCGGUGAAUAUAGUCCUACAUCUAGAAAAAAGAGCAGAGCUGCUUCUGUUGAAGUUGAAUGCAUACAUCUUGGUUUAUUAGAGGGGAAUAACACAGAGUUUCUUGGUUGCCAAUUUAUGCAACCCUGUGGUAAAGGAGGAUUUCUAGUGUCAAGAGGCAACACCCUUCUGAUAUAAUCUAUCAUCUCUCACACCAUGGCUCUACAAAACAUUGGUGCUUCGAACCGUGAUGAUGCCUUCUACAGGUAUAAGAUGCCAAGGAUGAUAACGAAGAUUGAAGGCAGAGGAAAUGGCAUCAAGACUAAUGUGGUUAAUAUGGUCGAUAUUGCAAAGGCCUUGGCUAGACCUGCUUCAUACACCACGAAGUAUUUUGGCUGUGAGCUUGGAGCCCAAUCAAAAUUUGAUGAGAAGACUGGAACUUCCCAUGUGAAUGGUGCUCAUGACACUGCAAAGCUUGCUGGACUUCUGGAGAACUUCAUUAAGAAAUAUGUGCAGUGCUAUGGUUGCGGGAAUCCAGAAACUGAAAUUAUUAUAACCAAGACGCAGAUGCUAAAUCUGAAAUGUGCUGCAUGUGGGUUUGUAUCUGAUGUUGAUAUGAGGGACAAGCUUACGACUUUUAUCCUCAAGAAUCCUCCAGAGCAGAAGAAGACAGCUAAAGAAAAGAAAGCCUUGAGGAGGGCUGACAAAGAACAACUUAAGGAAGGGGAGGCCGCUGACGAGGAGCAAAAGAAGCUUAAGAAGGAGGCAGCAAAGAAGAAAGGAACUUCUGGUUCAAAAGUAUCAAGCAAGAAGAAAAACACUGGUUCCGAUGAGGAUCGCUCCCCUACUCACAGCCAGGGAGAUGAGAAUGACCAAGCUGCUGAGGAGGACGAUGAUGACGAUGUCCAGUGGCAGACGGACACUUCCUUGGAGGCAGCUAAGAAGCGAAUCCAGGAGCAGUUGAGUGCUGUUACUGCUGAUAUGGUGAUGCUUUCUACUGUUGAAGAGGAGAAAAGGUCACCAAAGAAGUCUCCCGAUCAUGAAGUGAAGAAGCCUGAGACGAAGAGUCAUCAGAACGGUGCUGAUAAUAAUACCCAUGAAAGACUUGUUAGUGAGAUCAAACAAUCCUUGCAAAAGGGGACUUCUGCAGCUCGGCUUAAAUCCUAUUUGGGGACUCUUUCUGGCACACCCCAAGAAGUUAUGGACGCCCUACUCGAGGCUCUCUUUGAAGGUGUUGGAAAGGGGUUCUCUAAAGAGGUUUCCAAGAAGAAAAACUACCUCGCUGCAGCCACCCAGACAGAGGGAUCUCAGACGGUUCUAUUGCAAGCUAUCGAGUCCUUCAGUGGGAAGGCAAACCCUGAUGCCGCAAAGGAAGUGGCUCUGGUUCUGAAAUCAUUGUAUGAUGUUGACAUUCUGGAGGAGGAAUACAUUAUGAAGUGGUACCAACAGGGCUUAGCUGGGAACAAGAAGAGCUCCCCUAUUUGGAAGAACUCCAAGCCGUUUAUCGAAUGGCUCCAGAGCGCCGAGUCGGAGUCAGAGCAAGAGUGACGGGCAUUUCUCGAUCGUUAUUUUAAACGUCAUUGUGCUGUUUCUUUGUUUGCUUAUGCUUGUCAUUGUAUCUGGAAAUAAUGGUGGAUGGCUCUUCUGGCUUUUCAGGCCUUCUGUUCACCCCUCGGCUGCGCUGUUGUUGUCUUUGGUUUUAACGUCGAGUGCGAGUCAUUUGGUGGUGGUGGUGUCUGUUUGACCAACUAUUGUAAGUGACAUUGGUUUUGUUAUGCAUUUGCCCUAAUUAUGUCUUUUCAUGUUGA